AUGAAAACGCUGACACGCGAGAUUACCGCGACGCUGUUGGCACUGGAGAACUCAGGUGCAAUACCGCCAAUCUACCGACGCAUGGCAAGAGCACAAGAAACGGCCCUAGCCCGAUUCUACGGUCUCCCAAAAGUGCACAAAGGGGGCGCUACUCUCCGGCCUAUCGUAUCACUAAAGGGCACUCCAACCUACGGACUGCCAAAGUGGUUGUUCCAACGUCUCAAGUUCCUGACCUCCGAUUCAAACACCACAGUCAGCUCGUCAACGCAAUUCUUGGAGAAACCAAACGGAGUAAGUCUCCUGCCAAGCGACAUCAUGGUUUGAUGUCACGUUCCUUUUUACUUCUAUCCCACAGGACCUGGCAGUCGAGACCAUCGAACUACUCCUAAGAGAGAAAUACGACGGAACGGAGAAUCGCCUCGGACACGCCCAAACAAUCCAGCUCCUGAAGUUCUGUCUCAAGACGUACUUUACGUUUGACGGAACAAUCUCCGAGCAAAUGAAAGAAACGUCAAUGGAUUCGCCGAGUUCGGGACUCAUAGCCGAGGCGGUCCUACAGCGGUUGGAGUCGCUGGUCUUGCAACACCACACACCGAAAUUCUGGGCUCGGUAUUUGGACGAAAAUUUCGUCGUCAUCGAACGGGAUCAGGUGCUUACGUUCAAAGAACGUCUCAACAGCGUCUUCUCAGACAUACAAUUUACGAUGGAGGAGAAAAAAUUAACCAGCUGGCCUUUCUUGAUGUCCUCGUCUGCCGCAAUGAUUGUGGUGGUCUAA